UGAAUCCGUAGUUGCGUUGCAUUCUCAUUUUUUGCUUGGAUUUUGCUAACCUCUUUCUCACAGUGAUCGAAGUACAUGUAAAAAGUAUAUAUACGUUAUUAUACAAAUGAAUGGAAGAUGGAUGAAAAUCAUAAUUUCAAUCGUAUGAUAUAAAACAUAUAAGUAACGGCAAUAAAUAUUUAUUUUAUCGGAAUCCUAUGCAAGCAGAUUCAUACUAUGGCUACCUGUCAAUCGUGCUGACGUUGGGUCAAUGUAACGAGCUAUUUUGUAACUAUUACGAAUUUGAGAUUAUCCUGAUGUAUAUACGUUAUUGAAUAUUUGCGCUGUACGUUACGAUUUCUCUUUGUUACUUCUGCAUCAACAUAGGUCGAGAUUUUCGAGAUCCUGAUAGUUGAUAUAAAGAUGGGCGACAUUAAAUAUUAUGGAAAAAGAAGAAGUAUUGUAAGGAGAAUUGGAUCUUUUUUACCAUUGAAGCCCCCGCCAAAAAUAUAUGUCAGUGUGACACCAUUACACUUGAUGACAAAUUCUAUGAUCAAUGAGGAAACUAGUAGCAAUUAUGUUGAUACAAAUGGAUAUCCCAUAAGGUCAGAUCUGUUCGAGCCGAUUAGUUUUGGAUCAGAAGUACGAUUGCUCGCGUUAGAGCAAGAAUUACAAGAGCUUAGGGAACAAAUUUCAACAAUUGUGAAAAAUAAUAAAUUGUCCAAAUAUGCAUCUGUAGCGUCUCUGCCCAAUGGAGAAGAUAAUCUAAAGUCUUUGUCAGUGCCACCACCACCUCCUCCUCCACCUCCACCACCACUUCCACUUUCAUUUUUACCACCCACAACACCUCAUAUCGCGAGAAGGGCUAGUUUGCAAGAUCACAAAAUUGAAGAUCGCAAGAAAAUUCUAUUGAGUGUAGAGAAAUCGAUGGGUGAUAUGCUGAAGGAUAUCGAUAAUGUAAAAUUAAGACCAGUUGCAAGGUCUCCAGGCGGCCAUCCUAUGCGGGUGAAACGUGAGAAUAGUCCAUGCAAUGAUUUGCAGGAAAUUUUACGAAGGCGCUACAUUGCAAUGCAAUCUCCCGAUAGUAAGAAUUCAUCAGCUAAUUUAACUAUGGACAAUUCAUUUUGAACGGAUUCGAAACAAAUUGUCCACAAUUAAGUAGGGUCCUAUGGUCAGUAGCUCGGCAUUGUUCGCCAUGGCUCACCCUGGCUUGGAAAGCCUCUACGCGUCGUGGAAUCAGGAUAGUUCGUUAUCACUCGCGGUUUGUGGCUCAUGACACGUUGUUUUCGAAGAUGGCGGUAAGUUUUGCGAGUUAAAGAAGCCUUUGUGAUAAACAAGCCGACAAGACAUCUUGCGCUGUUGGGCUCGUCAAUGAUCGUGUUCAAUAGAAUGUUUAGUUUGCAAAUGUUGAAAGUUUUCUUCGCUGAUAUAAGACUACAGAAGAUCUAAAGUAUAAUUCUAUUAGCGCGAAAGAAACUUCCAACAGUAACGAAACAAAUAUUCUGCUGAACGUGAUCAAUGCUUGCAAAAAGUCAUUUUAUAUAAAUUUUUUCACGUAAUUAUAGAUUCGAUAAUUUUUUUAUCAUGCUACUCCUACUUCAUACUACGAUUUGAAUGAUAAAAAAAUCUCAACUUAAUAAGCGUCUCGACCAUAAUAAUAAAUAAGCUCUGACGUAUUUACAUGCAAGUAUAAAGAAAUUGGGUGGUACAACGACGCACAGCAAUUAUAAUUAUUUCGUUUAGUCAAGGCACAAGUCCUGGUGAUCCUUUGGACUCGCAUAAUUUAUCGACAGUUCGGCCGGUUCGGCAAACCGAUAAUCCAUAAGUCGCGAGCUAUGGCGAGUAAUAGCGAGGCACCCUGUUUCUACGAUAAGACUCGCCACGCGGAACCAUGGCUCGUUUUAUGGUAAACCUGAUUCAGCGCUCCGUGAGAUCGCCGUGGGACCGCCAUAGGACUACAAUUUUAGCCUUUUUUAUAUCAAUUUCGGGACUGAUUCUGUAACGAGCCUAAGCGAGCCAAAACGGAUCACGAACUAUAUCGUGCCAUGGGCCAUAGGAUUCUAUACUUUAAUAUUGUACACAAGGCUGUUAUUGAAGUUUCGAGUUAAAGAUUUUUCUUACAAGAUCUCGAAGAUCUAGCUAUAGAAAUUUUCUCUUUUGUUAGAAAUAAGAAAUAUUUUCGUGAUG